AUGCCCAGAAUCCUGUUCGUCAGCGGCUUUCACCCAACCACCCGUGCCAGGGACCUAGCGUACGAGUUCGAAAGAUACGGUCCACUCGUUCGCUGCGACGUUCCAGCACCACGCAACCCCCACGCCACCCACAACCCUUAUGCAUUUGUGGAAUUCAAGAGCAAUCGCGAUGCUGAGGAUGCAUAUUAUGACAUGCAUGGCAGAUACUUUGAAGGUUCCCGCUUGAGCAUCCAGUGGGCCAAAAACCCACCUUCUUCCGUAUGGCGAUAUGAGAGGCGUAGCCCCCCUCCUUCUCACCGCUCCGGUCGCGAUCGCUCUCGCAGCCCUCGCCGCCGAGAUGAUCGUGACAGGGACCGUGACAGGCUGGACGACCGGGAUAGAGACAGGGACAGGCGCAGGAGGUCCAGAUCUCCGCCUCCUCAUCUCGACCGUGACCGUCGCAGGUCGCCAUCGCCUGACAGAAGAAGGGAUGCCAGGGAUAGAGAUAGGGGCGACAGGGACAGGGGUGAUAGGGAUAGAGAGAGGGAGAGGCCGAAGACACCGCCUGCAGAGGAACCUGUUAAGAAGGAUGAGGACAGGGAGAGGGAGCGAGACAGGCAAGAUAGGGGCGAUAAUGACCAGGUCCGCACCCCGCCUUAUGAUCACUAA